AUGAAGGCUUCUUCUACCAAUGAAAAUGGUUCAAUUGAUAUAGAAGGCAUGUAAAAAUAGAUGUCUCAAAUAAAUUUAAAGUUAGCUUAAUUUGAGGAGCAGUUAAGCAUUCAGGGCAGUCAUUAAAAGAAAAUUAUUCAACAGAAUGAUGAAUAUGUGUAGCAAUAUAUGAAGACUCAAGAAACAAUAGAAAAGCUGAAAAACAUCUUCAGGAACGAAUAAGGCGAAGAAAUAACAAUCAAUUUGCAAACUUAUUUAUAGUAAAAGGUAGUGGAGUCGGUUGUAAACGAGCUUAAAUUUAAUCAAACGAUAUCCUAAUUAGAUAAUAAAUAUAGAGAGUAAUUUCAUAAACUAAAUGUGAGCACUGAAUCUUUUAAAGAAAAUCAAGAGAAUUUAAAUCACUCAAUUAACGUAAUAAAACUAGAAAUAAAAAACAAUGCAGAUUUAACUCAUUAAAAUAUGCUUUUUAAGGAAUAAAUGGAUAGAAUUAAGUAAAGCUAAGAAAAAUCAGAGAAAAUGAUCCAAGAUUCAAUAGAUAAAUUUUGGAAAUAUGACUAAAUUAUUUAAUAAUUAUAAUCGUAAGUUCAGCAGAAGGUAGAGUAGAAUCAGAUUCAAGAUAUACAAUAGCAACUUAAUGAAAAUUUUGUUGGCAUUUAAUAAUAUAAGAGCUAAUUAGAAAUGCUUUUAGGGAAAAUAAAUGCAAAAACAGACUCAACUUACUUUGAGGAGAAAUUCAAUUACAUUGAUAAAGCUGUGCUGCAAACUUCCUAAAAAUUUGAAGCACAAAUAGAAAGAGAUCUAAAGAUUUAUUUUUCUAAAAUGUUAUAAAAUUACCUGAUUAAAAAUGAUCUUGAGAAUGGAUUGAACAUAGUUAGAUAAGAGUAUAGAAAAGAUUAAGCAAAUUAAGAAUAAGAAUUUCAAAAUAAAAUUAAUGAAAUUUAUCAUUAAUUAUCUGAGAACUAAAAUAAUGUGUUUAAAAAUUCUACACAAGUAGAGUUGAUUAAAUCUGAAUAAAUUUUACUGAAUUAGGCAAUUAAAUAAUCUACGAAUGAUUGUUUGCAAAAAAUACAAAUAUUUGACUAAGUUAUUUAGAAAUAAGCAACAGAUCUACUUAAAAAAUUGGAUAACAAACCUUCGUUUGUAGAAUUAAAAUUAAUAGAAUCUCGUGCAGAUUAGAAAAUAUCUGAGCAAAAUUAAAAAAUUUAGGAGAAUAACUAAAAAUUACUGCAAUAUCUUAAAGAAAUUGAAGCUAAAUCUCAAUAAGAAGAAGAAGGAAUAUAGAAACUUCAAAUGUAAUUAUCAGAAGUUGUUACUUUAGAUGCCCUUUAAGAAAAAAUGAAGUUUAUUGAAUCUGUAAAGGAUGAUAAUACUCGCAUAAAAUAAGAGAUAGAAUAAUUUAAAAAAGGUAUAAAAAAUAUUGAGGAUAGACUACAGGUUAAGAUAUCUAAGUUCGAAAUAGAUUAACUUCGAAAUGCCAUAGAAAGUGAAUACGUUAAAAUUCCAUCUUUUUAAAAUAGCAUUAAUGACUGCAAAUAACUUACUAAAGACACUUAAUCGGCUAUGGAUAAAUAACUAAAAAACAGAGACCAGCUAAUAGAUAAACUUAAAAUUGAGCUGAAUCAAAUUAUAGAUAAAUCUAAAGAGCUGCUCAAAGAAUUUAAAUAAGAGAUCGAUGAAAGUUAAUCAUAAAUAAGAAGAGAACAAGAUGUUUAAAAACACCACCUUGAAACUUGCAAAACUUUAGCACAAAAAGUAGACGAGUCACUCAUUUACAAAGCUUCCAAAAUGGAUUUAAAUGAAUUCAUAACUUUUUGCAAAUUUACAUAUUUAGACAGAGAUUAAUUAUCUAAAUUUGUUGCAGAAAGAGAAGAAUUCGAACAAAUGAGAGACAUAGAAAAGCAUUUAAAUUAGUUUAAAUAAGAAUAUCAAACAUGGAUUGACACUUUUAAUAAAAAGAUGUGCUUUUCAUUUGAUAAAAUGAUUUCUUCUCCCAUACAAUUCUAGUGGGUUGAAGAAAUUAAGGAUAAAUUUUACGAAAUUGAUCAUAUAAAAUAAGCUUUGUUACAAAAAGCAGAGCAUUCAGAUUUGAUAAGACUUUUUGCUUAAAAAGCAAAUAAAAACUUGGUUAACAGUUUAAUGGUGUGUUGCUAAAAUUUCAAAAAAUAAUUAAUUUAUGAAGUAGUCUCUAUCUAAUCAUUCAUAAAAUGCAUUUAGUCAAGAUCAGACUUUAUGCCAAGUCAAUAACUAGCCAUUCAAAUGAAUUUAAGGCAGUUAACUAAACUACUAAAAUGGAUCACCUUCUCUUCAUUAGUAGGAGAUUAAGAGAAUAUGUAAGAUGCACAAUUUAAAUUAGAAAUUUCUUAAUUUGCACAGAUGGAAAAGGUGUCAGAUUCUAUAACAUAAAAAUUUAAAUUAUUCUAAAAAAAACUUGAAGACAUGGGCGAUGCCAAAUUUAUAACUUCAGAAAAUAAAAUAUUAGAUGAGUAUUUAUCUAUGAUCAUGCAAGAUCCUGCUCAUGAAGAAAUAUAUGGAAAUAAAUAGAAAUCGGAUAUGGUAGAUUUAAUAGGAACAGGUGAUAAUGAAGUAACACCAUAAAAGACUACUUAGAAUCAAACUAUCAUAAAACCUUUUAAAAUUAAAAAAAAUUAUAACUCAAACAAUUAUUUUAUUAAUACCGUCGAUCAUUUCUUUACUCAAGAUAAAAAUAGCAAGCAGGAAAUUCAGUAACAAAACACCUAAAAAAUUGGGUCAUUUCAUACUCCUAGCAAUUCUUUGUAAUAGCAAUUUACUAGAGAGACAUCAACUUUUUAUGACCCACUGUCUCAGUUCUCUGGCAGUUAAAAAAAUUCUCCUUUAUUAUAAUUAGACUCAUAGAAUUAAAUAUUCUGCAAUGACAGUUUGGAAAGUCUCAAACAGUCUUCUAUUUAAAUAAAAUAAGAAAAUAAAACAGUAACUGUGGGCGGAAGGACCUAUGAAGUUAACGAUAUAGAAGGAUUUAACAAACAUCUAAACAACAUGAGCAGCAAUUCAAAUAAAGCUUUCGAUUAAUUAAUCAACUUAUCUAUUAAUAAUGGUGGUAGCAACACAAAUAAUACGCAUUUAAUGGCAGGUCUGAGUGCAAAAACAGAUUCUACUAGAUUUUAACAGUUUUAUAAAAACUAAAAAUUUAAAAAUAAAAUAAUAAUUUCUACUCAAAAGACAAAUCACUCAGUUUCUUAAAGUCCUUCAUCUGCGAAUAGCAACUCUUCAUUAUCUAGAAAAUCAUUCUUAAGUCCUAAUGUUAUCAAAAAAGCUACAAAAACCCAAGAUUAAGUUGAAUAAACUUAUUGA